AUGGAUCCUGAGUAUAUAGAGCGGCAAUUAAAACAUUCAACAUGGUUUGUAAAAAGAAUCAAUGGUGAGGGAAAUUGUCUCGUAACAUUUCUACCAAUGAGAUCUUCAAUCACAAUUUUAGUUGUUGUCUUAGUUUCCUUGAAUCAUUUGAUGCCGAGUGUCUUUAAACUCACCCAAACUCAGCUAUCACAGCAAUGUCAGAGUCAAGGCUUUACAGAUAAUACCUCGCUGGAUCAAAUCAAACUAAAAUUGAUGGAUAUUUUACGGUGUCCCCAAAAAAUUAACCAAAUUGAAUUAACGGGUUCAAACUUGAAUUUAAAUUUCAACAUAUCUCCAGAAAUUACCAUUUCUAUAAAAAUCGUACCUUCUCAUGUUACUAAGGAUACAUGCUCUAAAAUUUUGCAGAAUCUGAGCAUGCUUCUAUUGAAGUUGAUAAAUUUUUCCGCCCAAUAUCAGUCUAUUCAACAGGAUAUUUUGAACGAAAAGCAACAAUGUUUGGACUAUCUCUUAAGAUCUCUUAACGAUUUAGAUGGAGGGAGUAAAAUUAUCCGUCAAUGGGCUCCUGAAAACUCUAGGAAUUAUGAAUCUCUACAGCCAAGCACUUGUGAUGACAUAAUCAAAAAACUACAUAAUAGAGGAAAGUUCCAAGACCCAGAUUCACCAGCAGAUUCACUGACAGUACUAUUAUGUUCGGAAGAAAAAUUUCAAGAUAUAUCUCAGAUUGAAGAAUCAGAGGAAAGCAUCAAAGAAGGCGCUAGAUUUCCUGGAGCGAAGGAUCUCUAUGAUGACGAUUUUGAGCUGCAAUUGGAGCCUUCAAGUGAGACUCAACCAAAGAGCUACCGUGAUAUUAAACCAACGAUAGGCUCCAAUGCAACAAUUGCAAAUAGGAAUGCUAAUUCGCUACUUUGCCCGGAGAAUUUUACCGAAUAUGACUCCACGUCUUCAAAAAGAACAAAGCCAGCUUCUGUUGUAUCAUUAACAUCAUCUCCGGCAGGAGAACGUCCACGAAAGAAAAGAAGAUUCGGGAAGAUUAAAAUUAAAAACUGA